AUGUCGCAAAGGGCUUCUACGCCAGUCAAGGUUCCCUCAUCAGCCGCCGACUACACACCCGCCACGCUGGAUCCCGAUCUACGCUCCCAAAUAAACACCAUUCUCCUCCGCGACGGCCACGUCCCCAAAAUACAAGAACGACUACUCCACGCCCUCAACGCCGACUCAUCCAACUGGCCUACCGUUAUACAGAGCCACGCCCUGCAGCUGCUGCGCUCCGGCGAGGUCCUGACCUUUCCCGCUCUACUGCGCCGCGUCCUCGACGACGUGCAAGAAGCCACCGCCAAGGCGGCGGCGGCCACUAACAACACAGCCGCCGCCGGUACCAAUGGGAAAGCAGCGCCGACGACCAACGGCAGUACGACAACGAACAACGACGUCAAGCUGGCGCUGGCGGUGCCCCAGGCUGUUGUCGAGGACACGAUUCGCGUCACAAAGGAGUGCCUGGAGAGCGUGUGCGAGAUUGAAGACUAG